AUGUUAUCGUAUGGUGUUUAUGUAGCAAUUUUAUUCAGUUCAGUUUUCAUCAUCGUCUUAGUUGCAUUUGUUAUUCUAUUUAAACUAUCGCUUCAACGACUUGUUAUAUUACUUGAAUCAGUAUUUCGAUUUAAACAAGUACGUAAUAUUGGUAACGACUAUAUUGUCAUUGAUGUAUGUGGUGAUCAAUUUGAAAUAUCCAAGACAAUAUCUACUCGUCUUCCUUUUGUGUUUGCACUUGGUACAUGUCUAUUAGUUACUAUUCUAGUAUUUAUGGAAGGAUGUAUCUUUUCAACACGACAUGUGUAUUCCACAAAAGCAUGUUCAGAUCGAAUACCAAAUUGUUAUUUAUUUAAAUCACAUUUUACAUCAUUUAGACCAUUGUAUGAAUUUAUUUGUGAACCAAAUAAACCGGUCAUUCCAUCCAAUAUGUCUGCAAGUUAUGCUGUAUGUUAUGGUUUUGUUCUUCCUGAUCAAUCAACAAUUGAUAUUCUCAAUCAACUUGGUGUUUGUACAGGUAUUCUAUCAUUGGUUGAAUAUCUUUAUCCACUUGCUUACAAAUUUGGACGUCAAAAUAAUAAACUUUUCGUUCAACAAUUCUUUUAUCGAGCAAGUAUUCAAAAUUCAAUUUUGGUUUCUAAUACAUCAUCAUAUAUUGAAAUCUAA